AUGGUGCACGACACGUGCAAGCGGAAGGGCGACAAAGAUGAGUACAACAGCGGCCUGAUGUUCUACGAGCCCGACGUGAAGCGCUUCGCGCACAUGCUGGAGCUGAUCGCGGAGCACAGCGACGGGGAGGUCGGGGACAUCCUGGACCAGCGCAUCAUCAAUGAGGAGUUCCGCGACCAGGUGGUGCAGCUGCACGACAAGUUCAACUGCAUCGACCUCGUGCCGAAGCCUGGGCAGCGCGGCUGCCCUGCAAAGUGCCAGGAGGACAUGGUGGUCGCACACUUCACGGGCAUGCCCAAGCCCGCGAGAGCCGCGGCCGGCUGGCUCGGUCUGGUGCGGGACAAGGCGCAGAACAUCUCGUCAAGCAUUUGCGCAGGGACGAACCACGGCUGCUGCUACAAGUACCGGGACUUCUACUGCGACAUGACCCGGGAGGUCUCCUUCCUCUCCAGGAACCUGCAGAAGGCGGUGACGGAGGCCGGCGAGUGCGCCAGGCCGCCAGUCAUGGUCGGCGCCUGA